AUGAACCUGUCGUUUUCAAUUUCAACUGGGCUCCAUACGCACAAAUACUCCUCGACAAGGCCCUCCAUCGUUCCCCACACUCGCCAUUCCAUCUGGGCCUGCUCUAGAGUUGAUGCUGCUGGAACUGGUCCUCAGUUGAAUAAAAUCUUACAAUUCAGGGAUGCCUUCUGGAGAUUUCUGAGACCCCACACUAUACGUGGAACAACAUUAGGAUCUGUUUCUCUGGUAACCAGAGCUUUGAUCGAGAAUCCCAAUUUGAUAAAGUGGUCAUUAUUGCUGAAGGCAUUUUCUGGACUUGUAGCACUCAUUUGCGGAAAUGGUUAUAUUGUGGGAAUUAACCAGAUAUAUGAUGUUGGCAUCGACAAGGUAAACAAACCUUACUUACCCAUAGCCGCGGGAGAUCUUUCAGAAAAGUCGGCAUGGUUCUUGGUGCUAAUUCUUGCUGCUUCUGGUCUAUUAAUUGUUGGGUUGAAUUUUGGACCUUUCAUUACGUCUCUUUACAGCCUCGGUCUUGUCCUGGGCACUAUCUACUCUGUUCCCCCAUUUCGGAUGAAAAAAUAUCCCGUCAUAGCAUUUCUUAUCAUAGCCACGGUCCGGGGCUUCCUUCUUAACUAUGGCGUGUAUUAUGCCACUAGAGCUGCCCUUGGUCUACCAUUUGAAUGGAGCUCACCAGUUGCAUUCAUCACCACAUUUGUAACAUUAUUUGCUCUUGUCAUUGCCAUAACCAAAGAUCUUCCAGAUGUGGAAGGUGACCGCAAGUUUAAGAUAUCGACCUUGGCAACAAAACUUGGCGUAAGAAAUAUUGCAUUGCUCGGAUCUGGGCUUCUGUUAGUAAAUUACAUUGGUUCUAUUUUGACAGCAAUUUACAUGCCUCAGGCUUUUAAGAGGAGCUUGAUGAUACCUUCACAUGUUAUCUUGGCCUCAGGUUUAACUUUCCAGGCAUUUUUACUGGAAAGAGCAAACUAUACCAAGGAAGCCAUCUCCGAGUUCUAUCGUUUCAUAUGGAACCUGUUCUACGCCGAGUACAUAUUGUUCCCUUUCAUAUGA